CGGUUAUAAUUACUGGCAUUCGGGCGUUACUUUAGUUCUUAGUAUAGUGCCCAAAUAUUCGCGCUCUCCGAAAAAGCAAGAAUAAAAAUCCGUCCAUCUGUUACCUCAACUAAAGCAAUGAGGCUCUAAGAUGGACACCAGACACUGGAAGCCAUCGGUUAGGAUAUACGGUUUGAUUCUCACCCUGUGGAUCACCUGGGUUGAAGGACAGACCGAUCUAUCCCCGAGUGCAACGAUAGGAGCCGAGGAACUAGCAGAUAAGGUGGAAGUGAAUGUGGUUUCUACAGUCUAUACACUGGGCUUCAGCAUUCCUGACGAGACGGAAUAUUCCAUUGAUGCAGUAACCUGCCGAAAUGGAUCAGGAACGGAGACCAAAGCAAAUGAUGCUCAUGUGUGCGAGAACCUUAAUCCGUGCACCUUUUAUACCUGUACUGUUUCAUUCCGAUCAAAUGUGCUUGGCAAGCAUCCACCUUCCGACCAAACGAUCUACGCAUACACCGAAUAUAAACAGCCCAGAACGACAGUGAACUCGGUUGUGGCCACUGCGAAUACAAUCAAGGUAACAUGGCAAACGACGGACCGGGCGUGUGUGGAGUCCUUUGUGGUUUCGGCAACAUCGUCAGACUACUCAAACAGCAUGCAGCCCUUGAGCGAUAAAAACACCUGCACUUUUGUGGGAUUAAGGGCAUGUCUGACGCACACUGUAGUCCUGCAGACGAAGAACAACGCCAGUGUAGUGGUUGAUACAGAUACUAAUGUAAUUGACACCGAAUAUUCCGAGCCCGGCGAUCUCGUGAUGAAUAUAACGAACCUACCCAGUGGGUUUACGUUAGUCAAAUGGGAAGAUCCCACGGAGAAGCACUGCAUCAGCAACUAUGUUUUUAAGUGGCGACGUGAAGAUUGCGGAAAGGAUCAAAAUCUGGAUACUACCACGGAAGAGCCCAGCACUGAGACAACAAUCGAUAUGGAUUACGUCACUGCCACCACAAUGGAGACAGUUCCGGAUGACCCGGACAAUGAAGUUGAGUGCGAUUGGAGUGACGUCUCAUCCGAUGGAAACCUAAGAGAAUAUAUUUUAUCCGAUCUUCAAGGAUGUGAGCCGUAUACCUUUCAAGUGUUUAUCAACGAGAACAACACGGCCAAGGCAUCGGAGCAGUUCACAUCGGCCGAAAAAACGGUCAGUGCCGUCUAUGAGCCUAGCCCUACAGCCGACUCUACGCAGUUGAAUUGGACUUGGUCAGCUCCCCAGAAUCAUCCCAGAUGCGUGGCCAACUAUAGUGUAAAGUUGACGGGACCCACUCAACGAGCGGAUACCAAAGUCUAUGAGUUGGUCACACAGGAAAGGAGCGCAAUCUUCAAGGACCUUGAUCCAUGUGGUAUAUACAUAGUUGAGAUUGUGCCCACCCAGUUGAAUGGCAGCUCUGGGGUUCGGUACCAGCAACAGAGCACAGUGGGCGAAGAUCAGCCCACCCAGAUCCUAGAACCCGUGGUGGAGCCCAGUGCCUACUCAAUGGUAGUGAGCUGGAAUACUCCCGCCUACGCUGAUCUCUGCAUCGAUGGCUAUCGACUGUCCGGCUGGAUGGAGGACGAUAAAGUAGUGGAAGUUGAGGCCUUAAGUCUUACUACCCAAAAUACUACCGUGGUGUUCGAUAAGAAUCUUCUGGCCUGUCAGAUAUAUAUUAUCCAAAUCAUACCAUAUACCAGAGAAAGUCUCGACGGCGAACUGAGACGGAUCGAAGUGGAGACCAAAGCAGCUAUAGUUGAUAACUUAAAGGUGAAGCUGGAAAUGAAGCAAGCUGGAUCCGAAUUUAUUGAGCUAACUGCCUUCAAUGCAGACUAUAACAACACCUGUCACACAAUAUUUGCACUCUUCAGUUGCAACGCCACCACCCAGGUGCGUAAUCCGUAUGCGGAGAGUAUCGAUUAUGGACAUAGCAAGCAAGGUUUUAAUGCAAGUCUCACCCCACUCUCCCCCUACACCACAUACGUCUGCCAAGUGGUAUUAUAUAACAUCGCAGGUCCCUCGGAUCCGAAGACUUUGGCUGGUCUACAGACCUCAACGUAUUAUCCCGAAGAGCCGGAGGAUUUGAAUCUGGAGGCAAGCACGGAUACCAGCCUAAUGUUUAACUGGCAUCCGCCCACCUAUACGAACGGUGCCAUUAAGUACUACCAGGCCUUCUUGAUGCGUCACGAGGCCAAUUACUUUGUUCCCGAGGACUGCGAGGAUGUGGCCCAGGAUACCAAGACGGAGACCAAGGGUGAACUGAAUGUUAACUUCACAGGACUGGCUCCAGCUGUAAAGUAUAUGAUGCAAGUGGCGGCACAGAAUGACUUUGGAUUGGGGGAUUAUACAGCUCCCGUAAUUGGAAUCACCAUGCCUGCAGUAUCUAACAUCGUGACCCAGCUGACCGUAACGUCGCAGGGUCCUAAAAACAACAACACUGAGUACGGCGCCAACGUGACAAUCACCUGGAAGGUGCCAUGUGUGUCGAACGGUGACAUCGAGUAUUUCCAUCUGGGCUUCAGCGGCUCGAGGUACAACUAUACUCCCGUUGAAUUCCAACGCAAGGUAGAACUGGACCAGGAAAAUCUCCAAGGUCGUAUGUCCUACACGGAGACGGAAAUGUUGCCAUCGUAUGACUAUACGGUUCAGAUCUCUGUAAAGAAUCGCGAUGUGGAUCAGCUUAGUCGCAGUGUGGCUGGGACAUGGCAAUCUCCAGCGGGACUACCGACAAUACCGAGUGAAGACCUUAUAAAGCAAAUGCGUGCGAAUGUCGAGGAGACCACCAGUCCUACUAAAACGGCCGUUGUCCGACUCCCUGCGGACAUCAUGACGUCCGAGUCCGGUAACAUACUAUAUGUGGCGCUGUUGGUAUCGCAAAAGAACUGUGCAGGUAUUCCACCCCUCAAAUACGAUGUUAGCAGCGAGUGGCCAGAGGUCUUGUCCUACCAAGAUGCCGGAGCCGAUGGCACCGGAGAUUGCAGCCUGCAGUACCAAACCACCGAGGAACGCUGGCAUCCCGAGCCCGUCGAACGCCUGGGAAGGAGCACUGAGUUAAACUCAUCCAAUAUGGAAAUCGUUUUUACUAUCGGAGUAGACAAGUGUUCGGAGACCACAAAAGUGUACUGCAAUGGACCACUGUUGGCCGAUACGGAUUAUAACGUUGUGGUAAGACUAUUCACCUCAUCUGGAUAUAGCGAUGCCGCCGUUCUGAAUUUCAAAACGAAGGCGGCCAUAAAAGUGACCCUGAUCCUGGUUAGCGUUUGCAGCUGUCUGCUAUUGGCUUUCAUCCUGGGCUUGGCGGUUCUCUGGGUGCGAAAGCGGUUGGCCUGGAAACGUGAUUCCGGUCAGGGUAUUGAGGAUCCUUUUGGAAAUGUUAUUGCCAAGAACUUUGCAAUUUUUUAUGCAGAAGUGGCCAGGCCAGAAAAACUUGCGAGGGAGUUCAAGGAGAUUACCGUAGUGGCCCUGGAGUUGAGCUACUCCGCCUCCGAGUUGGGCUGCCACAAGAAUCGCUACGCGGAUAUAUAUCCUUACGACAAGAAUCGGGUUAUCCUGGAUAUAGAUGCGGAGGGAUCGGACUACAUCAAUGCUUCCUUCAUAGAUGGUCACACACGUAAGAAGGAGUACAUAGCCACUCAGGGACCAAAACCAGAGAGUGUGAUGGACUUUUGGCGGAUGGUCCUGCAGUACAACGUGCGGGUUAUUGUUCAAGUUACUCAAUUCCGAGAGGGCAAUACGAUCAAGUGUCAUGAGUAUUAUCCCUAUACCAUGCGGGGAUUAACAGUGACCAUAAAGUCCAAGGAGAUCUUUGAGCUUUAUGAUCGGACGGAAUUGACAGUUGUUCAUGACAAGUACGGCCUUAAGGAGAAGGUUAUCCAUUUUUACUUUAAAAAGUGGCCCGAUCAUGGCUGCCCAGAGGAUCCCAUGCACUUGAUUACCCUCGUGAAGAAGGUCAAGGCGGAGAGGCGACCCAGUUACUCGCCCAUCGUCGUCCACUGCAGUGCGGGAGUGGGCAGGACGGGAACGUUUAUAGGUCUGGAUCUGAUCAUGCAGCGAUUGAAGAGCGAGUCGAAAAUAAAUAUUUUCGAAACAGUCAAGAAACUGCGAUUUCAGAGGAUGAAAAUGGUACAGACGCAGCAGCAAUAUACGUUCCUCUAUGCCUGCACCUAUGAACUAGUGAAGCAUAAAAUUCCUAGAGCAGCCUUAAAAAUGGAAGGGCGUCCAAAUUCUGUCACCAUUCCUGCCAUUUCCGCUCCCAAGAAGGUAAGCUUCCCGGACGUGGAUAUCGGCAGUGGAGAUGCUUUUGUGGGUUCUGCUCCAAUAGAAGACGAUACGCCAACACUGCAGCUACCAGCUCGAUUCUCCGGCCUGCGGAGGAGCAGUUUAGCAGGCGGGAACGAUGGCCCAACCACUAGCAGCAAUAUGUAAAAGGAUUUUCUAUAGCAUUUGUUUUAUACGAGCACGACUCAGCAGCAAUAAUAGCCAAAGAAAGAUGUGUCUAUAUAUGUAUUUAUAUAAAGUGCCUAAAGUGGAUUUCCACUUGAAAAUUGUAUAUGAAUCCCCGUUUUUGUACAUAAAUGUUAUUUAUAAAGAAGUGCAUGUAUCACA